AUGGCUGAGGACAACACGAAUUGUUCCAACAAAGUCGACUUCUUCAAAGGAGCCGAUUUUUUUCAUGGUGUGUUCAAUUACUUGAAUAAAAUGUUGAUGGAAGAAGACGAUCUAGCAACCAAGCCUUGUAUGUUGACAAACAGCUUGGCUCUCCAAGCGACCGAGAAAUCGUUUUACGAUGUUCUCGUAGACAGUAAUAAUAAUAAUAAUAAUAAUCAUUAUUCCUUCUACUCUGGUCAAGAAACCAAGCGGUUAGAGUUGCAAGAUUAUGAUGCUGCUGUCCUUUGUGCUGAUUUAAACAAUCUUUGGCUAGACAAGACGUGUAGUUCGGCUUCUUUGAUAAAUCACGGGAAUGCAAGGAGAAAAAGACGAAAAGGCGACGUGGAAAGUGUGGAUUUGAGCGAACUUUUAACUCGGUGUGCGGCAAUGGUGGCUUGUAGUGAAAUAACCGAAGCGAAUCAAAUUUUGAAGACGAUACGUAAACACUCGUCUCCUAAUGGAAGUUCUUCGAAGAGGUUGGCUCAUUAUUUUGCAAAUGCGAUAGAGGCGCGGUUAAGUGGCAAUGGAGCGGAAGUGUAUCGAGGUUUUUCGUCUACAACGAUAUCCGGGGCUCAAAUCUUGACAUCUUACAAAGCGUACAUCGCGGCAUGUCCAUUUCAUAGGAUGUCGAAUAUCUUCGCGAAUAAGUCCAUUUGGAAGCUUGCAAUUGGGAGAGAUAAACUACAUGUUGUUGAUUUUGGUAUUUUAUAUGGAUUUCAAUGGCCUUGUAUUAUAGAGGGUCUCUCCAUGAGACCAGGUGGUCCUCCUAAGUUGAGGAUCACUGGAAUUGAUUUUCCACAGCCUGGUCUUCGACCAGCAGGACGGGUGGAAGAAACAGGCUGUAGGUUGGCAGAGUAUGCCAAGAGAUUUAAUGUCCCUUUUGAGUACAACUCGAUUGCUAAAAAUUGGGAAAAUAUCGCAAUAGAAGAUUUAAAGAUCGAUCCGGAGGAGAUGCUCGUGGUGAAUAGCAUAUACCGAAUGAGGAAUGUGCUCGACGAAACAGUAGUCGAGCAUCCCCCGCGCGACGCAGUUUUGAAGUUCAUCCGGAAGUUAAAACCCGACAUGUUUGUGCACGGUGUAUUGAAUGGAGCAUAUAACGCGUCGUAUUUUCUUUCAAGGUUUCGACACGCUAUUUUCCACUUCACCGCGCUUUUUGACAUGCUUGAGGCAACGACGUCCAAGAGUGAAGACGAGGACCGAAAGUUGAUUGAGCAAGAGGUGUUCGGGAGGGACAUCAUGAACGCGGUGGCGUGUGAAGGAAGGAGUCGGGUCGAGAGGCCGGAAACCUACCAGGAAUGGGAUCGCAGGAAUUCGAAAGCCGGGUUUGUAAAACAACCGUUAAACUCGGGUCUUAUGGAUGAAAUAACGAGAAAAGUAGAGAAACACUACCAUAAAGAUUUUAUGGUGCAUGAAGAUGAUAAAUGGAUGUUACAAGGUUGGAAGGGGAAAGUUCUCUACGCACUUUCCUUAUGGACUACCGAAAGUUGA